AUGACUUAUCAAGCGAGGCUCACCCGCCUCAGGAAGCUCAUCGAUCCGAUCACUUCUGCCGAGGCUUCACCCUCGGCAUUUGUCCCUCCUGGACACAAAGAAUCUGAAAGAGACAGAUGGUCCGCUGCACAUGACCAGGCCCUCCUGGACGGUCGGCACAAGGAUGUAAGACCAAUAACCCUCAGCUCGGAAGACUUUCGGACCCUACGCAUCAUUGGUGAAGGACAGUUCGCGACGGUCCAACUUGUGCAAUGCGCGCUGGAUCAACAGCUGUACGCGAUGAAGGCGAUCCCCAAGUAUAAAGCCGACAGAUACAGUCAGGCGUUGCAACUGCCUGCGGAGCGGCACUUACACUUGCUCGCGAGCGAGAUCGACUACAGCCCAGCGCCUGCCCUUUUUGCCGCGUUUCAAUCUUCCAGCACACUCUACCUUGUGAUGGACUUGGCCGCCUCGGGAUCUCUUGCCGACCGGAUCGAGAACCUUCCAGGCAGUUUGCCCGAAGGGGAAGUGCGCUGGUGGGCAGCUCAACUGCUGGAAGCUAUUACCUGGGUGCACAAGCAAGGAUACGUCCAUCGCGAUAUCAAACCGGCAAAUCUACUCGUCACGAGCGGGCACCGGCUGCUCAUAUCCGACUUUGGAUCCGCAGCUCCCUGCGCGCUCGACGCAAGCCUACUCGAUCCGCAAUACUGUCGCGAGCCGACGGGAACGCCCGAUUACAUCGCGCCGGAGAUUUUGCGGUGCGCGGAGCUCGCCCUUAUCGAAGACGACGUACCCCUGACCCGGUAUGGACGCGGUGUCGAUUGGUGGAGCAUGGGCGCCACUAUAUUCGAGUUGGCGGUCGGACAGCCACCAUUCUACUCUUCUGCGAUACGGUCAACAUAUGAUGCUAUCCUGGUGGCAACGCGCCUAAUCCCUGCGUCACUGUCAUUCGCUUUGGAUGACCUUUUAGAGCGGUUGUUAUGCCAAUCUGCCCUCCGCAUCGACGCUGAAGAUAUACAUCGUCAUGCUUUUUUCGCGGUACCGACCGUCCACCCGCCAGAUCUGACUGGUCUUUGCGAUAUCGCCGACGGGACGAGCUAUCUCGAGCCCGAUUCCGUCAGCGAGAUGACCGACGAAUGCGUGUCCAUUACGCAGAUCCAACCCGUCGGCGAACGUAACGCGAGAUGGUACGGAUGGACACACCUGCCGUCCGCGGUCAACCCGUCCGAAGCGCCGCUCAAAGUCUCUCCAGCCAGAACGGUCCCACAGACACCUCGGCCACGUCGAGAUCGCGAGGACGCCACGAUUAUGACUUCUCGUCGGGAGGGCCUGCUCAAUUGUGUCCAGCAGAGCGCCAGAAAACAGCGAAGAAACGCGCAUUCCAAGUCACAAGGCCUAAAGGAGGAGCUCCAAUCCAUGACGCGAAGUCUAGAUGAGCUCUCGUGUCGCCUACAGGAAAUUCGCCGUGUCCUGUCCUGA